AUGAAGCUUCUUCUUGUGCUUGCCAUCUCCGCCGCCACCGUCUUCGCUGCCUACGACGACCUGCCAAAGCCAGCCGAUCCAUAUGAGCCACCAGGUUACGAGCCAGAGCCAGAUAAGCCAUGCCCAGACAAGUACGUCAAGAUCAUCAACGAUCUUCGUGCCGAGCUUGGAAAGGACGUCUCCAGCAUCAAGUUCACCAACACCUUGGGAUCCCGCGUCCAGAAGGCUUUCGGAUCUGCUCAUGAGGUUAUGAUGGCUCCAAGUGCUCCAACCCUCAAGACCAACUUUAAUGGAACCAUCUGCCGUCAAGCUGCCGAUGACGGAAACCACUACGUUGUCUACCCAUCUCCAGGACAGUACGACCUCAACAACCUCGCCCAGGAAGAGUACUUCGAGAAGUUCGCCGAGUUCGCCGCUCUUGGAAAGAACGCCAACAUCGCCGACCUUCCAAAGGAUCCACGCUCCAUCUAA